AUGGAUCAGGGUCGUGCGUCACCCAUCCCCGCUUUGCCGGACCCUAGCACAGCGGCACCUAACAUUGACCCGGAAUUAGGCUUCACAGCACAGGAUCUCAUUGAUCAUCAGGAGCGUCUGGAAGCUCAGGCGAAUGAAGCCUUUCCGUACCACGUCGACGUAUGCACACAUACUCGUGGAUACGUACGCCAGUUAAUAUACGCAUGCAAAACGUGUGGCGGCGGCGGUGUUUGCGUGGGCUGCAGCGUAUCGUGUCAUUCGGAUCAUGACCUUGUGGAAUUGUUCCAUCGCAGGCACUUUCGUUGUGAUUGCGGGACUCCAAACCUUUAUCGCCACAGGCCCAUGACACCCUAUAAACAAAAGACGGGGUAUCCAGAAGGAGCUAAGCCAUGCAGCUUACGUCUUCAUGACUCUAAUAAAGGCUGGGACAUUCCCAAUGAUGAAAAUGUGUAUACAAAGAAUUUUGAUGGCCAAUUUUGUGUUUGCCAACGUGGUCAACAUUAUGAUCCGGAGACAGAAAAAGAGGAUAUGUUUCAAUGUCUUGUAUGCGAAGAAUGGCUACAUGAAUCAUGUACGAGCUUGUACCCCAAAGGUGCUACUAAGCCCCUUAUCUCCCAAGAUGACUUCGAUACCAUGAUAUGCAAUGCUUGCGUACGAAAAGAAAAAACUGCUUUGCUACAAGCCUACCUUGGUCAGCCGGGCUGGCUCGUGGUUCUUCCCAAUGAGAACGGUUGGGAAGUGGUAGGAUCAUCACCAGAUCUCGAAAUCUUAGCAUCAAGAAAACGUGCUCGCCUAGACUCCGAUACAUGUCAACAACCAACGCCAUUAGUGGAUCCUCAUGCCCACGCCCAUCGCAUGGAUGUGUAUUUAUCUUCACAAUUUCGUCAAGCACUCUGUCGAUGUGCAGGGUGCACCCAAAAGUGGCAAAAAAUAUACCCGUUUGUUUUUGAGGAGGAAGAGACCUAUGAGCCUUCAGAACCGGAAGAGACUGACGAUACGAAUUCUAACGCGUCCACUUCAUCCAGUUAUGACCGUGCCGUCGCUGCGCUCUCACAUUUACCACGAAUGCAAAUGAUUGAGUCGCUGCAUGCCUACCAAAACUUGCGAGAUGCGCUAUUUGACCAUCUCCGGCCAUAUGCGGAAAAUCAUGAACUCGUGAGUGAAGAAACAGUUCGUGCUUUUUUCGAACAGCAUUUAGCCAGUCGACGGGAGAGAACGAAACGCUAA